AUGAACAAUGAAACGUUUAUAAAAGGAAAAGGUUACGGCUUUGAGAGGCACGACGUAACAACAGAGGAUGGGUACAUAGUACAGAUUCAUCGUAUACCGCGUGGAAAAACAGCCUGCAAUGUGACGAAGAAACCUGUGGUCUUCUUUCUGACUGGACUGUAUGGAGAUUCCACUUCUUUUGUUCUUGACUUCAAAGACCAAUGCGGAGGUUUCUAUCUGGCUGAUAGAUGUUACGACGUGUGGAUAGGAAAUUAUCGAGGAUCCACCUUGUACGGGAAGCGACACGUCAACGAAACGUUCCAGAAGAGCCCAGAGUUCUGGGAUUUCACAUUCCACGAACAGGGCAUUUAUGACCUGACGGCAGAGAUCGACUAUGUCCUCCAGCAGACUUGCUGCGAGAAGCUCCUCUUCAUUGGACUUUCUCUUGGACCGGCUACAUUCAUGGUGAUGCUGUCAGAACGCCCAAAGUACAACGACAAAGUAAGAGCGAGAAGUCGCAUUGAAGUCGAGACAAUUCUCAAGAGCCUGUUUAUCGAGACCUCCCCUCCUGCCGCUUUUAUAGACGGGUAA